UGCCCCAAAGGGGUUGCGCACAAGGCAGUCGGUGAUCUGUGAACACACAUGGAACAUUUCAGCGCAGUCAGUCCCAACGAUGGUCAAAGUUGGGUAAAUGUCUGAGAGCUGAUGCAAGGACUUCAAAAUGAAUCAGAUGGAGUUGCUGUAUAAAAUAAUCGUAUUCGGUAUGGCGGUAUAAGGGAUAAAAUAAAAAAUAAAAGCACAUCGAAACUUGGCUGAUCGCAAUCUGAUCAACGGGACGGGACGUCUCCAAGUUCGUUAAGCAAAACCUUUCCACCAUCGAGACAGUUUCUGAUAGCUCAAUGUAUAGUUUAUGUGACGCACGCAGUGCACAAGACAAGGCUGUAUUCUUACAGGUGCUAUUUUGUAGCCUACACUAGUCAAGCUACUCUUCUUGGGUUGUUGAAACUCACGAAACUCCGAGACUGGAAGUUACAUGGAAUAAAGUGACAGCCAAAAUGAGCAUUUACUCUCAUAUCUGGAGGUUAUUACAGAUAUUCCUAGCGACGAUCGUCACAGUUGUCACCCAAGAGUUGGACAGUCAGGAGAUGUCAGACAACACCAAGAGCUCUCUGCCAUUUCCCGUGUUCCUUCCAGUCAACUACCAGGUGCGAGAUGCAGAUUGCUUCUUCCUCAAGGAGACCGGUCAGGACAUCAUGAGGAACUCCAGCCUGCAGACACAGACACAGCCAUUUGUCAUCCUGAGAGCCAGCCGGCCGCCUGUUGUCAACGUCAGCUAUGGGCCCCUGUCCAAAGAGCAGCCUGUCCCUCUAGACCUGAUCCAGUCUGUGCAGCUGUUCCGGGCCCCGGGGGUAUUCACCUAUAACUGGAAGGUUCAGUUCUUUGUGCUGACCCCCCAGGUUUACUCCUCCAUGCCCAAGGUGCAGGUGUUGUUCUAUGUGGCUGGGAGGGACUGGGACAGGGGAGAAGAGGGGUUAAAUGAUGAGUUACCCUGUGUGAUGUUGUUUGCCUUCUGGCAGACCCAGGAGGUAAGGGGCUCCUGUGCCCUUGGAGGUCAGAGGGGCACCUGCAUGGCUGAGCUGGAGCCUGUAGCCAACUGGUUUAGUCCCGCAGCAGAGAGCUCUAGCCGGGAGAAGCUGUACCUAACAGAGGGCAACACAGUAGAGCUGUACUACCAGGCCCGGCCCAGUGCCUACGGGAAGUGCAGGGAGUGGGAUGGGGGCCGCUGGGGUAGCUCAGAGCAGCAGCAGCAGGCUGAGUACGUCCCUGUUACUCCAAUGCAGAGAAUCGGCAGUGUACGCCUCUUUCAGGUGCCCAAGGGAGCUGCAUCUCUGUCUCAACUCAAGCUGGGAAAGGCCGUUGUCAUUCAGACCUCCUCCAAACCCCUGAAGAAAGAUAUCGCCACUUUCAACAUCCUCACGACCAGCUCCUCCUCCCUGAAGAACUUCACUCUGCGAGCGAUUGUAAAGAAAGGAGUGUCGUUUCGCACAGCAACACCUAGUAACUCGUUGCUGUGGGAUAUCACUCUGGACGCUGGAGCAGAUGGCACCAUCGCUGUUGUUUGUCAGAGGAAAUCUGCCAUACCGGGAAAAAGGCUGGACAGCAGUCUACUGGAGGUCCUACAGAUGGACUUUGAGGUGGAGGAGCAGAGCAGCCAAUCAGACAGCCGGGUGAUCACAUGGCGCCUGGAGUUGCCCGCAUACACCAGGGAUGGGGGGAAGGAGGGUUCCAUGAAGAUCUACACCACCCAGAGAGACUUUGUGGGCCUGGCCACACUCGUCAUGGACACAGAGAUCCUGAACACGGCGGUGCUGACUGGGAAGAAGGUGGUGUUGCCUGUCAGGACUGUGGCUGUGGAGGAGGACGGGUCAGUCACUGACGUCUCAGACUUCACCAACUGCAGCUCCACUGAUGAGGACAUCCUGAAGGUGUCAGACAGGUGUGACUACGUGUUUGUGAAUGGGAAGGAGAUGAAGGGCAAGGUGAGGAUGAUGGUGAACUUCACCUACAGCUACCUGAGUGCCCAACUGGAGAUGAACGUGUGGAUCCCACGGCUGCCCCUCCAGAUCGAGGUGUCUGACACAGAGCUCAGCCAGAUCAAGGGAUGGAGGGUGCCCAUCAUGACCAGCAAGAGGCUCAGCUGGAACAGUGAUGAGGAGGAGGAUAAGAAGGGUAAAGGCUGCAUGUUGCAGUUCCAGCAUGCCCUUGUGCGUGUGAUCACACACUUCAUAGCCGAGCAGUCGGACCCCCGGGAGCCCCAGGUCUACUUUCUGGGCUCAGACUGGCAGGUGGACGUCACCAGGCUUGUGCGCCAUUUCCUCAAGGUGGAGGACCCUCGCAUUGCCAGACUGCAGGCAGGCAGGGUGCUGUCAGGACAAGACAUGGGGACCACCUCCAUCCAGGUGUUCUCCCCCCUCUCUGACUCCCUCCUGGCAGAGAAGACGGUGACGGUAGUGAAUGACAAAGUGACCAUCACAGAGCUGGGAGUGCAGCUGGUCACCGGCCUGGCUCUGUCCCUGCAGCUCAGCCCAGGAAGCAACAGGGCCAUCCUCGCCACGGCAACCAUACAGGAAGUGCUGCAGAGCCCCAAACAGGAGGCUGUGGUUAGUUCCUGGGUCCAGUUCAGCGAUGGCUCCCUGACCCCUCUGGACAUUUAUGACCCAGCCUACUACCGUGUGACACUGACCUCUCUGGACCAGAGCGUGGUGUCGGUGCAGGGCUCCCCGCCUGCAGUGGUGGCGGAGGGCGAGGGGCACGGUGUGCUGGUCAGGGUGGAGAUGGCCAUCUGUGAGGCUUGCCAGAAGUCCAAACGGAAGAGCUCGCUGGCCGUGGGCAGCGGCAGCCUCAAGGUCAAGUUCCAGGUCAACAGCCGGCGCUUUUCCAGCAAUAGUAGCAACAACAGUAGCAGCAGUAGUGGAGGUGGGGUUGGCAGUGGCAGKAGUAAGGACAGCAGCAGUGACUAUGGGAAUGAUGGGGAGGAGGUGGACAGUGAGAGGAAGCAGCAGCAGCCCCAGCAGCCCCUGCCCAGCAGCUCAGCCUCAGAGCGGGAGGAGAGCGCCAUGCGCAAGGUCACCACAACAGCCAAAUCCAGUGAGCCAGACGCCGCUCCGUGGAGCAUGACCAGCGGUGGCAGCAGCCAGGGCGGAAUGGGCAGGGCGAGUGAAUCAGGAAGUUUCUUAAAUGCUGCAACCAUCAACAGUCCUGCCAGCCCCAUCAAUGACAGUGAUGUCAGCAGCCCUAGUGACUAUGGCACAGCUGAGGGGACAGACAAUGGGCUAAUUGGAGGUAUAGGUAGUGUUGCAGUCAGUAGCACUGUGAAGACACUUGGUAACCUGAUCAACUACAAUAACUUCCCCUCUCAGGUGGAGGUGCCUGACCAGGAGCGAGUCGAGGUGGACAUGGGCAAUGAGGAAAUGCUGUCUAACCGGCCUCUCUCAGACUUGGAGAUCGGCAUGUACGCUCUGCUGGGGGUCUUCUGCCUGGCCAUCCUGGUCUUCUUGGUGAACUGCAUCUCUUACGUAGUAAAGUUCAGACACAAACAUCCCUCCUCUCAUGGCCAGGAGCCCACGGGGCACAAGCACGACUGGGUGUGGCUGGGCACUGAUGCAGAGCUGGUGAUGAACGUGCCUGGCACUCCCCUCCAGCAAGAUGACCACAGCACCACAACAGUCAUAGACAUUGGGCCUGAUAAGACUGCCUCUCUGCCCAGGCAGCCCAGCUGCCUAGCCUCCUCCAGAUCCUCCUCUCCUUUGGUCUGUGGGGGCUCCCUCGGGGCCAAGCCCAUGAACCGCACUGAGUCCCUCCACUCCCCCACAAGCAAGAGGAAGAGGGUGCAGUUCACCACCUUUGCCUCUCUGGACCGUGAGCACUCCCCACACCUCCCCAGAGAGAACGGCCAUGGCAUCCACUGGGUGGGGAAGGAGGAGAACUAUGUUGAACCCCAAGUGCCCAUGACAGAACCUGUGGAACAUUUAUAAUACAUAAAGGGACCGUUUCACCCCAACUGUGGGUGUGUAUGUGGCUUUGAUUGCCUCAAUGCCUUUAUUUAUGGAUAAAAGCAGACACAACAUAAGGAGCAUCACCACAAGUGGUUAUACUUAUUCAUUAUCUGUGGUUAGUUUUAAAUAUCUGUCAAGGCGUCUUACAUGUAAAUAUCUCAGAUGCUUUGUGAGAGACAUUUUUUGUAUUAGAUAUUAGAGAAAACACUGUGAAUACGUGUGAGGAUGCUUCUCAUCAACCGACUGAUGGCACUUUGUGUGGUGGAGAGGAUAAAAUGUUUGACUCAGGCCAGUUGAAAUAUCUUUUUUUACAAAAAAACACAGAGGGUCUUGUUGCAUGUGAAAAAUGUAAUCAUCUUACCUUUUACACUCAUAUGGUGGUAGCCCCUAAAGCAGGGAUCAUCAACUAGAUUCAGCCACCGGACAAUUCUUUUCUUUGUAGAAUGCAAAUUGACCGCAAGAAGCCAAAACAGAUAUAAUAUUUGACUAUAGCAUAAUCAUUUCAAACCUUGCUUACAU